AUGUCUCAAUUAUUUGUUGUAAGGAAAAUGAUUGAUGGAAUGCCAAGGUCAAAGUUAAAGAGACCUGACAGCCAAAAUGUGUCUGUAUGGAUAGUAGGCUCAUCUUUGAUAAGAAAUGCAUUUGUUCACGCAAGAAGUAGAACAGGUGGUGUAAAUUUAGGUCUCCAUAGAAUAGGAGUUAAAAUUUGGUGGCAAGGGUAUGGUGGCAUGGGUUUAAAAGAUUUGGAAUCGACAAUAAAAAGACUGAUAAAAUAUGAAAAAGCGCCGAAAUAUCUUGUCCUUCAUAUUGCUGGAAAUGAUUUGGGGAAGACAAAAUUGGGGUUUUUAAGGAAUGAAAUCAAGGCCACCUUGGAGAAGGUUCAAAGUUAUCUACCUAAUAGUUCGAUUGUCUGGUCUCAGAUUUUACCCAGAACAAAUUCGCGUCAUUCUAAAAGUCAGGAUAGCAUGAUGGCAUGCAGAAUUAGGAUAAAUAGUGUCAUUGCAUCAUUCGUGUUAAAGAAUGGGGGACAUUAUAUAAAGUAUUCAGAUAUAUUCUUCCUAAUAAUACUUUUUUUAAAGGAAGAUGGUGUUCAUUUGACUGAUCUAGGAAAUGACAUAUUUCUAAAUAAUUUGCAAGGUGCGCUUGAAAUGUUUAUUUGUUCUGGUUCCUAUACAUAUAUAUCCAGAUACAUUUGGUACUAGUAUGUGUAUAUCUUAGAUAAUUUUAAAACAGUAUUGGCCACAGUCCUAUCGCAGCUUCAUCCCCACUUUAGUGGCGGUUGAUCCGGUACGGUUGAGUUUGACAUAUACCGUACCUAAUCAAUUUGGCAACUUCGCUGCGUGUGAUAAACUACAGUUACAGUUGUCUAUAUUUUAGUGAUAUUAAAAGUACAUUUUGUGGAUCGCUGUAUCCCAGGAUCCA